UGCUGUUAGAAGCGCAUCGCUGGACGGGGAAGGAAGCGCUCGAAGAUGGUAUUGCCGAUGCAAUUGCAGAGCCGAGCGAGAUGUUGGAUGUAGCACUGGAUAAGGCGAGGGAAGUACAGGGCAGGAGUAGGAUGGGUGUUUAUGCCCUGUUGAGGAAUGAGCUUUGGGGCGAGGCGGCCGAGAAGUUGAGGGCGAUCAGUUAUGUGCAUGGGAGGAGGGUUAGUGCGCCAGCCAAGGCAAAGAUUUAGCGUUCAGUACGAAGGCAUUACAUAGAAGAGAUGGGCUCGAGCCGUUAGUUCAAUGAACCUUGGAGACGAGGGGAACUAUCUUUGCGGGCUUACGCAGUUCCUUGAUGGCACAUCGCGACUAUGGGUAGGAGUCGUUCGACCAAUGCGGUCCAGAAUUGAGCUGUUUUGUCAGCCCCAUUCAUUCGUCAGGAUCCCUGGUGCCCAGAUGGUCUCGCACAGGGGCUGUGACAAAUAUUGGUGUCCUUCUGAACAGCAUACUUAUAGCUCGAGACCCGCUCUGCAUACCCCGUCGCUCAGAGCUACCAGCAUUACUUUUGCUCUAUCUUUUAUGAUUACUGUUUGUCUAUUAUCUUCAUUCAGCGCUCCAGCAUAUGUGAUCACGUGCACCAGCACAGGCCGGGUCUGUGCGCUAUUCGGUCAGAGCUCUCGGCAACCGAACCUCCACCCUCCAUUCCCAUCGUCAUGAUUCCACCGACAUCAUCGCUUUCCAUCCGACCGCGACGCAUCCAUCCCAAAAGACUCAAGAUGGCCAAAUUUGAGCAUGGCAUGAUCACUUUCGGCACACCCAGAAAGGCCGCG